AUGCUGGAUUUUAUGGACUAUAUCCAGCUCGCCUUUGCGGAGGCGACCAACUGGAACCAAGACAAUUCUUACUCGGCGCUCACGACGACCGCGCAAUCCAUUCUGGAGUUUGAGACUCCCGAGCGAUUACGCGUUCGGCUGUCGUCGCUCUCAACCCCUCACUUCGCCACUAGCUAUGCACUCGGUACAGUGGGAUUGCUCGAUGGCUCCGUAUCAUACCUCUUCAGCACGGUUCCCAUGCACAACACCCCCAGCCGGAGCGCCUUGAUUCCACUACGAAAGAUUUCUCCGGGUUACCGACAAGUACAAGCGCCUGGGGCUCCAGUGCACACUUGGGGAUGGAGCUCUCUUUUCGAUGGCGUCAACAUCCGCGGGGAGACUGCAGCGCUCAAGGGUGGCAAUCAAACAGCAGAGGACGCGGCGCAACGGAAGGCAACCCUUCUUCAUGCCUCGCUACACCUCCCAUCGCCCACUACGCUAUAUGCGCUGUUUCUGCGCAGAAUGUCGCCAACCACGCAACUGUCGCUCGCAGUCUGUUCCACCCAGGGACCGCCCCUCUCCAAGUCUGCACCGCAGGCCUCAAUGCUGGCCCAUCUCUCCCACGACACGGGCAAGUACUGCAAUGAGUACCUUUUCAGCACAGACAACGCCCUCUUCGGCUGGCGCGGGCUUUGGAACUUCGGCGCCGAUCCUCGAUACACCCCUGAUAACGCGCCUCCCCGCCUCUCUCUUCUAUCUGCCGGCGCAGAAGCAUACUACUCUCCCAUAUCCUCGUUGAUUGGCAUGUCAACAGGCCUGCGCUUCAGCACACUUCCCGCUGCGACAGAAGUGCCCUCUUCCUCGUCUUCAUCCAGCCAUCCCGCCCCCAUCUCUACCUUCCCGUACACCUUAACCCUCACUCUUACCCCAAUCACUGGCUCUCUAUCCACAACAUACUCCCUCCGCGCCACGCCAAACCUUUCCCUCAGCUCCCGAUUUGGCUUCAACGUGUACAGCUGGGAAAGCGAGAUGGUCGCCGGGUGUGAACUCUGGCGCCGGUCCCCGAAACCCGCAUCUCCCGCCGACGACGGGCUCGAAUGGGCCCGCCGUAAAAUGCGCCUGCAUGACUUUUCCGCUCCCAUGCCGGGCUCCCCGCCCUCUACUCCGCUCCUCUCCGACCCGGCUCAGCCCGAGUCUGCUGUCGCGCCGGGCGAGCGCCGGACGGACGAAGCCAAUGACUCCGUCAUCAAACUUCGCAUCGACCAGUCCUGGAACGUGCGUCUACUUUGGGAAGGCCGGGUUAAGGAACUGCUGGUGAGUGCGGGCGUUGGGCUGGGCCCGGGCUCGUUCUCCCUGGCACCGAAUGUUUCUUCUGCGGCGGGGAGUGGGUCGGCUCAGAGUGGAGGCGGUCCUGGGACGUCGUACUGGCGCGGGGUUGGCGUGUCGGUGAUGUACUCAUCAUGA